GGAGAUGUUCGCUUUGGAGAUGCCACACGCCUCGGACCUGCCCGACAUGAGCAGUGACGUCAGCGACCUGGACGACUCGGACUGCAGCGAUUCGUACUUCGAAUCGCAGAUGGGGGUGCCGCCGCCGUUACCGCAGUACUCGGUCUCCGUGAUGACCGAGUACCGUCCGUUCGUCGAGAUCUACGCCGUGUGCUCAGCGGAGCGCGCUGCCGACCGGCCGCCGGCCGCCCACUGCGUCGAGCUGUUCCGGUCGCUGCGACCGGCCCCGCCGGCGAUCGACGCUCGGACUGCUGGCCAGAGCUGCUGAGGCCGGACUGCUGGCCAGGGCUGCUGAGGCCGGACUGCUGGCCAGGGCUGCUGAGACCGGACUGCUGGCAGAGGCUGCUGAGGCC